UGGGAUUGCUGUGACCUGGAGCAACAUAAGCACAUCCAUCAUCCUCAUCAUUGCUUCUCGUAGAAAUCCGAGGACUACAUAUCCAACAUGGUUCCCUGGCACUCUCAAAAGGCGAGAGUUCAAUUGAAGUUGGCUGCACAGCGGCUCACGAUAAUGCAGGAAAAGAAGCUGGCUCUAGCCAAGCAAUCAAGAAGAGAGAUCGCAGAUCUAGUGACAAAAGGCCGAAUCGAAACUGCGAGGUUGCGGGUAGAAACGUUGAUUGGGGAUGAUAUACAUGUGGAACUUUUGGAAAUUGUCGAGCUUUAUACCGAGACUCUUUCCGCCCGAUUUGCGCUGCUGGAUGCUUCCAAGGACGCCCCGGACCCGAGCUUGAGAGAUGCUGUCUGUGCGAUUAUCUAUGCAGCACCCCAUACCGAACUCAAAGAACUUCAUCUGCUACGAGAAAUGCUGAUGCAGAAGUUCGGUCGGACAUUUGCCCUAUCGGUCGUGAACAACGAUCCGCCAUGUGUACCGCCUCGAGUCCUUUCCAAGCUGGCCAUUUACGUACCACCUCCAGAACUGGUAGACAUGUACCUCCAGGAGAUCGCUCGAGGGUAUGGGAUCAACUGGACGUCUGACCGGCUAAAGCAGGAGGAGGUCGAAGAAGAAGUCCCAGUGACGGAAUCUGUAGAAGAUGCGGGCAAGUCAGUCGACAAGGAUGAACAAACGCCGAAGGACGGCAAGGCCGCAUCAAAAAAGAAUACCGAGACGGCGAGUGCCGAAGCAAAGUUGAUCGAGCAGACGAAGAAGAGUCUAGAGAAGCAGGACAAGCCGGAAGACGCCUUUGCGGCCCUUACGGCCAGGUUUGAUGCAUUGAAGAAGAAAUAAACUGAUCGGGAAAUGUUAGUUUACUUUGAGGGAUAUGGGCACGUUGUAUGAUGAGCCGUAUGCAUGGCCGCGUUAAUCUGAUACUGGAA